AAAAAAAAGAGACAAUAAACGUUUCUGGAUGAACUUCCUACAUUAUUUAGGUAGUAAGCUAAAUGUUUUUUUAUUCAACAUUCAUUUUUUUAACUUUUAAAAGUUAUUCUUUUUAGGAAAUGACCCUAUGUAAAUUUAAUCCAAUGGGCUUUAUUGAUCUUUGAGCUAUUUGACUGGUCUUUUCUUACAAAGUAGACUAGCCGCGCGUGUAUGCCGUCUAGUUUGUCGAUUCGCGAGAAAAAGCCACAUAUAUUAGUGCUUUCAUGGAUAAAAUUACUUCAGUUUGGGCUGUUUUUGUUUUUAUUUUAGUGUCAAGUCAAACAGAUGCCAAAUCUAAAGAAUGCCGGGAUACCUUCCAUAGCUGUUCUAACUGGUCUAGCGCAGGGAUGUGCCACGACGCAAAAUUCGGGUUCGUCAUGCGAGGCGGAUGCUCAAAAACCUGCGGCUUUUGUAAAGGAGAAGUAGGCGACGGGGAGAUGCCAUCAUUUGAAAUGAAGCACCAAAAACGAACCGAGAGUCACGUGAGAGAUGAUACUAGAGCCCAGACCUCCAGGCCACUGCAUGCAAACAAAGAUACCUCCAGCACAACUGAUAAGCCCAAACCUACUAAAGCCUCUGUCUUGACAACUGUGACGACUGCGCGCAUCAAAAAGGAGUCAGGGGUCGACAGUACGAUACCUCCAUACAAAAAAGAUGGCUGCGUAGACGUUUUUCCAAAAUGCGCCGAGUGGAAGAAAAAUUCAAACAUGUGCUCCAACCCAAAGCUGGCCCCUUUUCUGCGCUUUGGCUGUGCUAAUAGCUGCGCGUUUUGCUCAAAAGGUAGCUCUAUAACCACCCCGUCUCCGCCGACUGUCCCGAUACCGUCAGGCAAAUCAGGGGAAGCCGCGUUUAUCGACCACGACUCCGCCGUAGAAAUGGGAAUCGCCAAAGAAAUCGGCCAAAAUGAUAAAAAAUCAAAGCUGUCAAACCACGCAAGUGAAAAGACUGCCAAAAGUUCCAAGCAGAUUUACGUGUUAAAGAGAGAAGACAAAGAGCCCGAUAGUAAACGAGUCGAGAUAGAAACAGGCGAUGAUACCGGAGCGGAUCCCGUAAGCUCUCUUAGCAGAUUAGGGGAUGAUCUACCGAAGAUCCUAAAGGGAUCCCCUGACAGUGUGAAUCUCGCUGCGUUCGAUGAUCUCCCCGAGGCGUUCCGAGGCUCCAAGCUCGAGGAUAAAGUUGCUGGGUUUGUGGGGAAGGCGGGAAAGAAAAAGUUCGAUUACUUCACGGAGCAUUAUUCUAAGGAUCCGUAUAUUGCCGAGUAUCAGCGAGAGGAAUGGAUGCGAAAUAACGGGGUAAUGGGCAAGCCGUAUAGGCGAUGGCUAAAAAACAAGAAGGAAUAGCUAGUACCUAGUCCGAAAACGACUAUUGGCGCCACAGGUAGCCCAUGGAAACAGAAAGAUCGAUUCAAAUAGAACACAUAUGUUUAUUACUUUAUUUACAUUUGCGAUCUUUGUGUAACAAACGUUACCCUUAGGCUAAGUUCAAACGUCGUAUUAUCCAUAAGCCGUAUUCGGCUCGAUUUAUUUGCAUGCAUACCAUUUUGCCAUGCAUGCAACAUUUUGAACAUUGAUUUCUUGGUUCCACACUACAAAAAGGCCCUGCAAUUACGAGAUUGACUUUGGAAUUACGAUGUGGAAUUGUCACUGUUUUGUGAGAUAAACAAAUUUGUGUAAUAUUAGCAUUAGAUAAGAAAUAAAAAGGAAAAUGAUGUUUGAAAA